AUGUCUUCACACGUCGAGAUCGGGAUUGACGAUAUGGACGGCGCCAACGGGCAUGUCCCGACGUCAGCAACUUCAAAUGAUGUUCGCGAUAUGCACCGCAUGGCACUGCCAUUCAAGCUUCAUCGACGAUUCACAUCACUGACCGUCUUUGGAUUUGCUUGUAUUCUUGGAGCGACUUGGGAAUAUGCCCUUGUCACGAGUUUGGCUGCGUUGACAAAUGGUGGCUCUGGAGGAGUAAUAUGGCUUUUCUUCGCGGUCAUGUUCGGCAUGUUCAGCGUCGUUCUGUCAUUAGCGGAGAUGGCAAGCAUAGCACCUACCUCAGCAGGUCAGUACCACUGGGUGAGCGAAUUUGCGCCGCCCAAGUAUCAGCGUAUUGCCAGCUACGGUGUCGGCUGGUUCACCGCAAUCGGUUGGCAAGCAUCAGUCGCCGGCAAUGCGCUUAUCAUCUCCCAACAAGUUUCUGCUUUGAUCGCCUUCGUCAACGGAAGCUUUGAAAUCCCAUCAGGCUUCAAUUGGCUCACAAUCGUAUUCAUGAUUGCCGCCAUGAUCAUCUCAACUGGAGUGAACGUCUACGGCGUUCGUCUAUUGCCAUGGCUGGAAGGCGUGAUGUUCAUGCUCCAUAUUGCUGGCUUCUUCGCCAUUCUUUUCCCAUUGUGGAUCAUGGGCGAGCGCACUUCCUCGGAGGAAGUUUUCUUCACAUUCCAGGACAAUUCUGGUUGGGGUAGCAUUGGACUCGCAUGUCUUGUUGGAAUCCUCGGCCCAACCGUCACCCUUGUCGGAGGCGAUUCCGCUGCUCACCUCGGCGAGGAAGUCAAAGACGCCUCCAAAGCUCUGCCGCAAUCGAUGAUCUCAACAGCUUUGGUCAACUACAUCAUCGGCUUCAUCAUGACGAUCACUGUACUGUCCGUGUCCGGCAACUUCGAUGAGGACCUCGCCGAAAACCUCGGCGGCCAACCCUGGAUCGCUGUGGUUUACGCCGCCACACGAUCUCGCACCGCGACCAUCAUCUUCACCGCCUUGCUCAUCGUCCUCUUCUUCUUCUGUACAAUCAACUGCAUCACAACGACCUCCCGACAACUCUGGGCCUUCAGCCGAGACGGUGGUCUCCCCUGCUCCGAAUGGCUCGCAAAGGUCAAUCCAACUAACGGCGUACCCGUAAACGCCCUCAUCACAACCUUUGGAAUAACAUUCAUCCUCUCCUUCAUCGCGGCAGGUUCCACCAUCGCCUUCAACAACAUCAUCAGCAUCAGCCUCGUCGGUCUCCUGCUAAGCUACGGCUCCACGAUUUUCACCAUGAUGCUGCGCCGCGCCCGCUCCGAACCCUUACCUCCUUCAUACCUCCAGUACCCCAGACCCAUCGGUUUCGCCAUCAACGGAUUUGCGAUGAUUUUUGUUUCCAUCGCGUUCAUUUUCGUAUUCUUCCCCACGGCCCCGAAUCCGACUCUCGCGGGCAUGAACUGGAGUGUACUGAUUUCUGGCGGAGUCAUUCUUUUCGCGAGUGGCUGGUAUGUCGUGGGCGGGAAAAAUAAGUAUUUCGGUCCGGCGGAGAGGAUUCGCAAGAUGGAGGUCGAGCAGAGUCGGGAGACGAGCAUUGCGCUCAGCGUCCCGUUCACGACCAAGGAAUGA